AUGAACUCCAGAAAGACUGGCACCGCCCCACUGUCAAUACGAACCUCAUCCUCCACCGCCUCGUCGCCCACCACGUCGACGGCUGAGCCCGACGACGAAGACGUCAAGAUGUCCAUGGCAGAGUACCACCCGCCCUCGCGGCCCUUGACCGUGUCGAUACCACGCAGCAUCGCCUCUGCCUCCAACCGAAGACCCAACCUCUCCGAAAUCCUCGCAAACACCGCUCCCCCGCCCUACACACUCAGCUCCUUCAUGGCCUUCCUGUCCCAAAACCACUGCUUGGAGAAUCUCGAAUUCACAAUGGAUGCCUCUCGGUACCGAAAACACUACUCAAAGAUGGUCAACCGCCAUCCGGGCACUCCCAUCUCUCCUCUCUCUGAUGAAUGUGCAUACGUGUUGAUGCUGUGGAGACGCUUGAUUGACGCCUACAUCCGCGAGUCCGGGCCUCGAGAGGUCAAUCUUCCGGCCGACGUCCGUGACACCCUGCUCAACCUCUCCGAUUCGUACGUUCCGCCGCACCCCUCAGCAUUGGAUGAGGCCGUCAACAAAAUCUACGAGCUCAUGGAGGAGAGCGUACUCGUUUCUUUCCUCAACUCAGCAUCACCUAUGAGCGCUUUGGCAUCAGCUGUUAGCCACGACAGCCACGACUCGAGCGCGACCCGUUCUUCUACCCGGAGUUACGAUGAACGCACGCUCUACCACGCUCGCACUUCCGCUCACCCUCCCGUCCACCAGCGUGCUUCUGCACCAUCCUCACUCACCUCCAACUUCAUGCACGCACGCCCCUUCUCACAUUCUCGCUUCAACUCCCAACCGGCAACCUCAUCGGCAUCACCCUCUCGCGGCGCACUAAGUUACGCCAGUGGUAGUGACGCGUUGACCGACGACUCUGGCAGUAGAAGCCCAUCAGGCAUGAGUGAUCCGCUGACUCCACCGGGAACACCGCCAAUGAGCGACUAUCCGAUGACCGAUUUUCAGCAAGCCUACUACGAGAACGGAUCGAACAGUGGCACUCCUAGCCCCCGGACGAGCCGAGGCGAACAUAGUGGUUUGGCGAAUGCGACCCGAGACAGCUGGAAGCGAGUGAGCAGUAAGCUGUGGCCGAAAAAGAGAAGUGGUGGCCACCUGAGAGAGGAAGAGCAGGGAGUUGUGGAAGGAGGACUCUUCUGA